CCCCCGCCCCUGAUCCACGCCCAGACCCUAGAGCCGGAGGACCAUGGCCGGCCAGGGGGACUGCUGCGUCAAGGUGGCCGUCAGGAUUCGGCCCCAGCUGUCAAAGGAGAAGAUUGAGGGCUGUCACAUCUGUACCUCUGUCACCCCCGGGGAGCCCCAGGUCCUUCUGGGGAAGGACAAGGCCUUCACCUAUGACUUUGUCUUCGACCUGGACACCUGGCAGGAACAGAUCUAUUCGACCUGUGUGAGCAAGCUCAUCGAGGGCUGCUUCGAGGGCUACAAUGCCACAGUGCUGGCCUAUGGGCAGACAGGGGCCGGGAAGACAUACACGAUGGGCACUGGCUUUGACACGGUGACGUCGGAGGAGGAGCAAGGCAUCAUUCCAAGGGCCAUAGCACACCUCUUUGGGGGCAUUGCCGAGCGCAAGCGGCGGGCACAGGAGCAGGGUGUGGCCGGGCCUGAGUUCAAAGUCAGCGCUCAGUUCCUGGAGCUCUACAAUGAGGAGAUCCUUGACCUGUUUGACAGCACCCGUGACCCUGAUGCCCGCCACCGCAGGUCCAACAUCAAGAUUCACGAGGAUGGGAAUGGUGGCAUCUACACCACGGGUGUCACUUCCCGCCUCAUCAACUCCCAGGAGGAGCUGAUCCAGUGCCUAAAGCAGGGGGCCCUGUCCCGCACCACGGCCAGCACCCAGAUGAACGUGCAGAGCUCACGCUCACACGCCAUCUUCACCAUCCAUGUGUGCCAGAUGCGCGUGUGCACCCAGCCGGACCCUGUGAACGAGGUGGUGACCGGGCUUCCUGAGGGCACCGCUCCCACCAGUGAGUAUGAGACGCUCACUGCUAAGUUUCACUUUGUGGACCUGGCUGGCUCAGAGCGGCUGAAGCGGACGGGGGCCACCGGCGAGCGGGCCAAGGAGGGCAUCUCCAUCAACUGCGGGCUGCUGGCCUUGGGCAACGUGAUCAGCGCCUUGGGGGACCAGAGCAAGAAGGUGGUACACGUGCCAUACAGGGACUCGAAGCUCACUCGGCUCCUCCAGGACUCACUGGGGGGCAACAGCCAGACCAUCAUGAUCGCCUGUGUGAGCCCCUCAGACCGGGACUUCAUGGAGACGCUCAACACACUCAAGUAUGCCAACCGGGCCCGCAACAUCAAGAACAAGGUGGUGGUGAACCAGGACAAGACGAGCCAGCAGAUCAGCGCCCUGCGGGCUGAGAUCGCUCGCCUGCAGAUGGAGCUGAUGGAGUAUAAGGCGGGCAAGAGGGUGAUCGGGGAGGACGGUGCCGAGGGCUACAGUGACCUGUUCCGGGAGAACGCCAUGCUGCAGAAGGAGAAUGGGGCACUGCGUCUGCGGGUGAAGGCCAUGCAGGAGGCCAUCGAUGCCAUCAACAACCGCGUCACGCAUCUCAUGAGCCAGGAAGCCAAUCUGCUUCUGGCCAAGGCCGGUGAUGGCAAUGAGGCCAUUGGUGCCCUGAUCCAGAACUACAUCCGGGAAAUCGAGGAGCUGCGGACGAAGCUGCUGGAGAGCGAGGCCAUGAAUGAGUCCCUGCGCCGCAGCCUCUCCCGGGCCUCCGCUCGGAGCCCCUACUCCCUGGGCGCGUCUCCAGGCGCUCCCGCCUUCGGGGGCAGCCCGGCCAGCUCCAUGGAGGAUGCCUCAGAGGUGAUCCGCCGGGCCAAGCAGGACCUGGAGCGGCUCAAGAAGAAGGAGGUCAGGCAGCGGAGAAAGAGCCCGGAGAAGGAGGCCUUCAAAAAGAGGGCAAAACUCCAACAGGAAAACAGUGAGGAGACCGACGAGAAUGAGGCUGAGGAGGAGGAGGAAGAGCGAGACGAGAGUGGCUGUGAGGAAGAGGAGGGCCGUGAGGAUGAAGACGAGGACUCGGGCAGCGAGGAGAGCCUGGUGGACUCGGACUCAGACCCUGAUGAGAAGGAGGUGAACUUCCAGGCCGACCUGGCCGACCUGACGUGUGAGAUCGAGAUCAAGCAGAAGCUGAUCGAUGAGCUGGAGAACAGCCAGCGGCGGCUGCAGACCCUGAAGCACCAGUACGAGGAGAAGCUGAUUCUGCUUCAGAACAAGAUCCGGGACACACAGCUGGAGCGCGACCGCGUGCUGCAGAACCUCAGCACCAUGGAGUGCUACACGGAGGAGAAGGCCAACAAGAUCAAGGCGGAUUAUGAGAAGCGGCUGCGGGAGAUGAACCGGGACCUGCAGAAGCUCCAGGCCGCGCAGAAGGAGCACGCACGGCUGCUCAAGAACCAGUCCCGCUAUGAGAGGGAGCUGAAGAAGUUGCAGGCCGAGGUGGCCGAGAUGAAGAAGGCCAAGGUGGCCCUGAUGAAGCAAAUGCGUGAGGAGCAGCAGCGCCGGCGGCUGGUGGAGACUAAAAGGAACCGGGAGAUUGCUCAGCUCAAGAAGGAACAGCGACGACAGGAGUUUCAGAUCCGAGCGCUCGAGUCCCAGAAGCGGCAGCAGGAAAUUGUCCUGAGGAGGAAAACCCAGGAGGUUUCUGCACUGAGGCGCCUGGCCAAGCCCAUGUCCGAGCGGGUGGCGGGGCGUGCGGGACUGAAGCCUCCCAUGCUGGACUCGGGGGCUGAGGUGUCAGCCAGCACCACAUCAUCUGAGGCUGAAUCAGGGGCCCGCUCCGUCUCCAGCAUCGUGCGCCAGUGGAACCGCCAAAUCAACCACUUCUUGGGGGACCACCCCGCAUCUGCUGUCAAUGGUACCCGCCCUGCUAGAAAGAAGUUCCAGAAGAAGGGGGCCAGCCAGAGCUUCAGUAAGGCUGCAAGGCUCAAGUGGCAGUCCCUGGAACGGAGGAUUAUUGACAUCGUCAUGCAGAGGAUGACCAUUGUCAACCUAGAGGCUGACAUGGAGCGGCUCAUCAAGAAAAGGGAGGAGCUGUUCCUCCUGCAGGAGGCGCUGCGGAGGAAGCGGGAACGGCUGCAGGCUGAGAGCCCGGAGGAGGAGAAGGGCCUGCAGGAGCUGGCCGAGGAGAUUGAGGUGCUGGCGGCCAACAUCGACUAUAUCAACGACAGCAUCACCGACUGCCAGGCCACCAUCGUGCAGCUGGAGGAGACCAAGGAGGAGCUGGACUCCACGGACACAUCCGUGGUCAUCAGCUCCUGUUCCCUGGCCGAAGCCCGCCUCCUGCUGGACAACUUCCUCAAGGCAUCCAUCGACAAGGGGCUGCAAGUGGCACAGAAGGAGGCCCAGAUCCGGCUGCUGGAGGGGCGGCUGAGGCAGACCGACAUAGCAGGCUCCUCUCAGAACCACCUGCUCCUGGACGCCCUGCGAGAGAAGGCGGAGGCGCACCCCGAGCUGCAGGCCCUCAUCAACAACGUGCAACAGGAGAACGGCUACGCCAGCACGGAUGAGGAGAUCUCCGAGUUCUCCGAGGGGAGCUUCUCCCAGUCAUUCACCAUGAAAGGUUCCACCAGCCAUGAUGAUUUCAAGUUCAAGGGUGAGCCCAAACUAUCUGCCCAAAUGAAGGCUGUGUCAGCUGAGUGCCUGGGUCCCCCGCUGGAUAGCUCCACCAAGAACAUCACCAAGUCCCUGGCCUCCCUUGUUGAGAUCAAAGAGGACGGAGUCGGCCUCUCCGUCCGAGACCCGUACUACCGAGACAAGGUCUCACGUACCAUCAGCCUGCCCAGCAGAGGCAGUACUUUCCCCCGGCAGUCUCGAGGCACGGAGACAUCCCCUCUGACCCGAAGGAAGUCGUAUGACCGAGGGCAGCCCAUUAGGUCCACAGAUGUGGGAUUCACGCCCCCUUCGUCCCCUCCUACUCGGCCCCGCAAUGACCGGAACGUCUUCUCUCGUCUCACCAGUAAUCAGAGCCAAGGCUCAGCACUGGACAAGUCUGAUGACAGCGACUCCUCUUUGUCGGAGGUCCUGAGGGGCGUCAUCACCCCCGUUGGAGGAGCCAAGGGAGCGAGGACGGCCCCACUGCAGUGUGUCUCCAUGGCCGAGGGCCACACCAGGCCCAUCCUCUGCCUGGACGCCACAGACGAGCUCCUGUUCACAGGAUCCAAAGACCGCAGCUGUAAGAUGUGGAACUUGGUCACAGGCCAGGAGAUCGCGGCCCUAAAGGGCCACCCCAACAACGUGGUGUCCCUCAAGUACUGUAGCCACUCCGGGCUUGUGUUCUCCGUGUCUGCCUCCUACAUCAAGGUGUGGGACAUCCGGGACUCGGCCAAGUGCAUCCGGACCCUCACGUCCUCUGGCCAGGUGACCUCUGGGGACGCCUGUGCCGCCGCAUCCACCCGUGCGAUCACCAGUGCUCAGGGGGAGCAUCAGAUCAACCAGAUCGCCCUCAGCCCCUCAGGCACCAUGCUGUAUGCUGCUUCGGGCAACGCGGUCCGCAUCUGGGAGCUGAGCAGGUUCCAGCCGGUUGGCAAGCUGACUGGCCACAUCGGCCCUGUGAUGUGCCUGACCGUCACCCAGACCGCCAGCCAGCACGACCUGGUGGUGACCGGCUCCAAGGACCACUACGUGAAGAUGUUCGAGUUGGGUGAGUGUGUGACGGGCACCAUUGGUCCCACGCACAACUUUGAACCCCCACACUAUGACGGUAUCGAGUGUCUUGCCAUCCAGGGAGAUGUCCUAUUCAGUGGCUCCCGGGACAAUGGCAUCAAGAAGUGGGACCUAGAGCAGCAGGAGCUCAUUCAGCAAAUCCCCAAUGCACACAAGGACUGGGUGUGUGCCCUGGCCUUUGUCCCGGGCCGCCCCAUGCUACUGAGCGCCUGCCGCGCAGGCGUCAUCAAGGUCUGGAACGUGGACAACUUCACGCCCAUUGGUGAGAUCAGGGGCCACGACAGCCCCAUCAAUGCCAUCUGCACCAACACCAAGCACAUCUUCACUGCUUCCAGCGACCUGACGGUGAAGUUCUGGAGCGUGCGGCGGUUACCCCGCGGGCCACACUAGGAGCACGCAGCUGAGCUCACCCCGGCUGCUUUUCUGAGGACGGCUCCCAGACCCUCGGCCCCCCCACCCCCACCCCAGCAGCCUGGACAGCGCAGAAGGGAAGCUGUGGUCUGACGGGGCCAACUGCCCUGGGGACAGAGGGUGUGGGCCUCGGGUAUGGCCCCUCUCCUGCUCUCCUGCCUCUCCCUUGACCUUCCUACAGGAUACUAUUCCCCUUGCCUCUUGGGGGAGAGAGAGAGGCUGAGGAGGAAUUUAAGCUGUGAAGCCAAAGGGCAUUUUCCCAUCUCAUCUUUCUCCCUGCAGCCCCUGGGGCUCCCCUUGCCCUCCCUCUGGCCACAUUCUCUCCUGCUGAGCUGGCCGAGCCCUUCCUUAACCUCUGGCCCAGUCAUGGGGACCUGUAGGGGGAGGUGAAGCAGCCCCAGCCCCUGCCGUGCCCCCUGAUGAACAGGCCUCCCCUUCUGUCCCCUAAUCCAGCCUCUGGAGCCACUGCACCUGCCUCUGAGCCCAAAAUGAUAGUCCUCAGGUAACCAUGGAAACCAGGUGUUGGCAGCUGGUCCCUGCAGCUGACCCUUAGCCCCUUGGCCACCAACAGCUGUUUCCCGUUGUUGACCCCAGCCAUCCCUUGGGGUCCCUUUCCAAUGGGGCCAAGGUAGAGCUGCUAGAAAAAUUCCUCUGGGGAGAUGGUCAGAAAUACUUCCGCUAUUUAUUUUAUUUUAUUUUAUUUUAUUUUUUUGUGGUUGCCUCCUGGAAACUGACUUGAAGUUUCUCCCCCAAAUGUUCUUUUCCUCAGCACUCGGGGGCCAGGAAUCCAAAGGGAAUCCGCCCGACCAGCCCUCCAGGGCCACCUCCUCUGUUCGCUUUGCAGCUCAGCCCGUCCCAGACUUUACCCCCAGGGACCAUUCUAGUGCACCCCUGACCUCUAGGCCGCCUGACGCUUCAGUGCCUUCCUCCACCCCGGGGCCUGGCCCCCAUGCUGGGCAGCCUUACACCAGCCAUGCCCGCGGCACCACAUGUGUCUUUGCACUAGCGGGGUCCCAUGCCCGCUGCCCCCAGAAGGCAGGGGAGCUCCACCCCACAGCCCAGGGCCAGGGGGCCCCCCUUCCCAGAGUCCUGUGUGGGCCACGUAGGAAGCAGCUCAGAGGAUUGUGUCUACCAGGGGGUGGCUUGGAUGGUGAGGAUGGCCCAGCCCCGUCCCCAGCUCACCUGUGUUCUCACCCCGACAGGGACGGGAGUCCUUCUGGACUCUUUCUCUCUGGUUAUUCAGGAGACACGUUUUCAAGCCUUAAAACUGGCAUGGGGCAAGAGGCCCUCCCGUUUUAGAUUAGCAGCGAAGAAGAAAUUCAUUGAGUUCCUUUUUACCUUGGGGCUGUGGGCUCACGGCUCUGGGGAUGUGGCAAAUCCGUGUUCCAGCGCCCCCUGUUGGGGCAAUUCUGAAUUUACAGGACCGGGCCCUGGGAGGCGUCCCGGGACAUCCCUCCGCCCCAACAUGUCCACAGUGGUUUCUCCAGUGCUUAACGGGUCCUGUGCUUCCUCUCCUCGGUCUGGGAGUCAGGAGCCCCGACUCUCUUCGGAGAUAAUGCGGUGACUAUUAGACCUUCCAGAGGUGGCUCUGUGUUUGACCUCUGUGACCCUGCGUAUUUGGCCAGGUGAUCAGAGCCCCCUCUGUGCGGCCCUGGUGGGGCACACAGGGCAGAGGAGGCCGCCCUAGCAGCAAAAGGGAAAAACCCCUGCAGGGCCUGAAUCCCCAGCCCUGCUUCCCCGCUGUCCUGGGAGGUCCCUGCCUGCCCCAGUUGUAGAGUCUGGGUAAGCUAGUGUGUGCAAGAAAGCGCCCACCCCUGGAGCCUGUCCUCCUGGAGCCUGGGACAGUCUGCCUGCACCUCGGAAGUCCCUCCUCCUCCAGCCAGCGCAGGGGGCCCCGGCUGCUCCCUCGGCCACGUGGAAGCAGGCGCCUCUUCCCUUCCCAUCCUUCUCCCCACCUGAUUGGAAAGCUUCAACCUUGCAACCUGUAAGAAAGACUCCAUCUGCAUGACUGUUUACAAACCGUAGAAACACAAAAGACUGUGCUGCCCCCACGGGCCGGGGCAGCCCCAGCCCAGAACGGUACUGUAGCUGCAAAGGCCCGUUCUUGCGCGAGACAUGACCUUAGGGCCUGCGAGAGGUGCUCAGCAGCAUUGCCUACUUCCUGCUGUUUCUGUUGGGUCAGCUACCUCAUGGCAGGCCGGCUCUGCUGCCCUGGCGACUAUCAUUGACUCUAAACUUGAAGUCCCUCGGGAGCCCUGAGUCCUGCUGAAAUCUGUGCUCCAAGAGCUCGGAGUCUCUGUCUACUCCUCCAGGGAUGUCCAAGGUACAUAGUCAGGGGGCAGGCCCCCAACGUCCUAAAGGUUGGAAGCACAAAAUGGUUGUGGUUUGAGCACAGAUAGCAGGGCUGGUGGUGGGUGGCCUGGGCAGACCUGGGACCAGGGGCUCACCCAGCUUGGUUCUGUCUGCAGUUACACUGAGUAUGUCUGCAUCUGGCGUGGGCAUUUCCUCGCUCAGGCCAGGGCUCAGCCCAGGGCUUGUCCCGCUUCUGGGGGGGCUCGUCCUACUCCUUACUUUGCCCAUCUGCAGACCUGAGUCGGGGCCAAUGCCAGCCCAGCCACAGCAGACGGCCCAGGAGUUAGCUCCCUCUCUCUCGACCCCACACCCCAAGUCUUUAAAUGCCUGAGCCCACGCUGGGUCCCAGCCCUGUUGAGCCUAAGGAGCCCAGAACCACAUUCCCUGUCUCCGGGGCUGGGCCCCCCUCGAAUGCUUUUGAAGCUGACUGUCUGUGGGCCUUCUGGGCACAGUCCUGGAAUUCUAAGUAUUAAUCAGUUCAGUGUUUGCUGUCACUUGAGUAGCCGAUCCCUCCAUGACAGCCACAGUUCUCCAAGGUAGCAUCUGGAGUUGUCUUUGGAGAUUGCCAAGGAAAGGCACCCCCAAGCCUUUGAGGUGGUCAGGGUACCCCAGUGGGUCUGGGAAGGGCCAUCUGUGGAUCUGGGAGUGGUUUGCCUACCCCCCUCCCACCACUACAGCUCCAACCCUCACUUGUCCAGCCCUGCUGCCCGCCUGGGGCGGUGUCACCUGGGCAGAGGGCAAGCUAAAGCACAAAGUCAUUGUAGGGAAGACCGUGGCGGGGACUUUCUCACGCCACCCACUGUGGUGGCGACGCGGGCAGGCUGUGGCUAUGGAGUUAGAAGUGGCCCGCUCUCUCCCCUCAGGUAGACCAGCCCAGCUCCCGGGGGCAUCUUCUGAUGCAAUCUGGGGCGGGGGUGGGCGCAGCCCCCGGCAUGUCCAGCCCCAGCCUGAGCCCAGCAUCUUCACCAUCAUGUGGGGGGCGGGCAGGGUCUGCCCUGCGAAGGGGGGGAAUUUCUCCCUGCCCCCUGGGGCCUGAACGUGUGGCAUCUGUCUGUUUGCCAUCCCAAACAGGAAACUGCUUCCCGCUCUCUUAGCUUAGCCCAGCGUCCUGGCCCGGCCUCAGGAGCCUCCAUGGGCCUGGCCCUACUUUCCUGGCUCCCAGGGUCCCUCACUGCCCUCUUAGGUGCAAGGACAGAAUCAACAAGGAAAAUUCCGUUUUCUAGGGCAUCUUCGUUCUAGUCCCCACACCCUGCCCGGCCCCAGCACUCCAGCGAGCCCCCAACCCUUCUCAUACCCAGUCCAGUUUUUUGAACCCUUGUCCCGAGGGCUUUGCAGGGAAGUGGGAACUACUCCAAGAAGAGCCAAGGGUCAGAGAAGACCCCUGAAGUGAAGGGCCCCCCCCUGCCUACCAGCUCUUUUCUAGGGAUCACCCCCUGCCCAGGCUGCAGGGUCUUGUUUGGCUUAUGCCCUCCUCGCUAUGCGGCUAUAGCACAAGAUGUAAAUAUGUUUUGUACCUCUGCCGAUGACUGUACAUAGUGUAUGAAAGUUAUUUAAGCCCUCAUGCUGUACAUUUCCGUUCCUAGACUGGACGUGUGUGUUCUAAGAAGUUGUCAUAAAUAAAACACGAAUGACCAUUC